AUGAAAUGUGAAUAUAUAUGUUCGCGUCUCUGGGAUGCGAAGUGGUACUGUUUCAUUGGAACUAUCCCGGACAGGCUAGUCAGUGCUGCUUCUGUUCGUGUCGAUCCGGAUCUACAUAGCCUUUCCCGAUUGAGAGAGGAUAGUGAUAUAGAGAGGGCGAAUACAAUAGCGAACUCGAAGAAUCACACGGCUCACAACCAGUCUGUCAAGCCUCACAAGAAUGGAAUCAAGAAGCCUAGGAGGCAUAGGGAAGCAUCCAUUGAAGGGAUGGAUCCCAAGUUGCCUAGGAAUCAGAGGUAUUCAAGAAAGCAUAAUAUGAAGAGUGGCGACUCAGGAUUUGAAGCAAAGGAGUAGAAGAAGUGAUGAGGACAUCAACAAAAAAUUCCAGCACGACUAUCACUGUAGACAUCGCAGAUCGACGACCAUUAUCAGGAGCAUCUAUUUAUUAGUUAUUUUAUGUUAUUGUAUUAGUAUUAUUAUUAUUUUUUUCAGUUUGUUCAUUAUACCUCU